UCUGUCCCCAUUCCUGUCCUCUUGUCCUCUCACCUCAUUUUCUAGCCCCGCCCUCUCAUGUCUGACUUCUCCUCUGGGGAGCCAGGAAGGUCCCCUUCCUUCCAUGUCCGCUUCCAUCUUACUUGGACCACGAGCCCCGCGAACCUUGCCGUGGCCAGGACAGAAGUUCCCAGGGACGCGGGAGUUAAUGCACUGUGAAUUAGAGCCUUUCUGCCACCUGAGGCGAUUUUUAGGCCCUGCUGCCUCUUGGAAGACAGAAUGGAUCAAGUAGGACUGACUUGGUUGGGCUCACGGGGCCUCUUGUUGCGUUGGGUUGGGGUUCUGUGAAUAAGGCCAAGCCCCGCCCACCCUCCUCACCCUGAACUGUGGCUCCAGCUGCCCGACUGGGUUUCCCAGAGUCGAGGUGGCCUUCCUGUCCUCUCGUCCCCUGAGCGUCUUUAGGCAGACGUUGGCGAGAGGCUUCCCCGAGGCGAAGGAUGCAGAGUAACCUUUAGGGGACAGGUGGCACGAAGGCAGGAGCACUGGCAUCCACCAGGGCCCCCCAGAGGCCUUUUCCCUUCCUCUUCCCGAGGCCCCCCCGGUUCUCUGCACCACAGCAGGCUUUAGUGUCUCUAGGAAACCACAGGAGGAUGCGGAGCAGACUCUUGCUGGGGAAAUACAAUUAAAAACAAAAUCUGCCAACUCAGAAAAGCUCCCCACUGAAGACAGUUUUAUUACUGAAUAAGCCUCAUACCAGAAAGAGACGCACAUCGCAGAGCGCAGGCGGGCAGCGCGUGCCGAUGCCUGCGUGGGGCCUCCAGGAUGGAGCGUGGCCUGGCUGGUGCCAGCACAGGAGAUGGGCUGGUGAUGAAGGUCAAGCAGGAGAAGCCAGAGUGGCUGCUGCAGACCCUGGCAUCGCAGGCCGCCCUGUCCAAGGAUAAGGAAAACAUUUUCCAGCAGCGUCGGGGCCUCCCGCCAUGCCAGACCAUGAAGCCUCGAGCCUUGGGGGGACAGGAGGAGACUGGGGGUCCCAGGUGGACUCUUCCUACUGAGCAGGAUACGGGGCUGGCAGGCCGGGCUCCGGGGACAGCCCCCAGUCCCCUGAGCCCCGCUCUUUCUGCCGGCGAGGGUCACUUCGUGUGCCUGGACUGCGGGAAGAGGUUCAGCUGGUGGUCGUCCCUGAAGAUCCACCAGCGCACCCACACCGGGGAGAAGCCCUACCUGUGCGCCAAGUGCGGCAAGAGCUUCAGCCAGAAGCCCAACCUGGCGCGCCACCAGCGGCACCACACGGGCGAGCGGCCCUUCUGCUGCCCAGAGUGCGCCAGGCGCUUCAGCCAGAAGCAGCACCUGCUCAAGCACCAGAAGACCCACUCUCGGCCCGCCACCCACUCGUGCCCUGAGUGCGAGCGCUGGGGCGGGGGGCGGGCGGGCCUGGCCGGGCCCGGGGAGCAGCGCCAGUUCAUCUGCAGCGAGUGCGGCAAGUGCUUCUCGUGGUGGUCGGCGCUGACCAUCCACCGGCGCAUCCACACGGGCGAGCGGCCCUACCCGUGCCCCGACUGCGGCCGCCGCUUCAGCCAGAAGCCCAACCUGACGCGGCACCGGCGCAACCACACGGGCGAGCGGCCCUACCUGUGCGCCGCCUGUGGCCGCGGCUUCAGCCAGAAGCAGCACCUGCUCAAGCACCAGCGCGUGCACCGGGCGACCCUGGCGCCCACCCCUAGCGCCAAGGACGAGACGCUUUACGAUUCCCAGGAUGGAAGCGAGAAGCUGCGGCUGCGGAGGGGCAAGCUGAUCCCCAGCGCCAAGGCCAGUGCCCAGCACAUUGGGGAUGCACCUGCCUACCUCUUCCAUGAGAAUCUGGUUGGAGAGAUAAGACGUGUCCAGGUGCAGGAUAAAUGUGGGAUACUAGGAGCCCCUGAAUAUUACGCACUGACGUUUGUACGAGGCCUGCUGGAAGUGCCCAUGACCGAGCUGGCGUCCUCCGGGGGCGGGUCCCCUGCGGGGGACGGGGAGGAGGGCCUGGGGGACGAGCGAGGCCUGGUCAUCCACCACCCCGCGGAGGAGCAGCCCCACCGCUGCCCGCUGUGCGGCCAGACCUUCUCGCAGCAGCCCAGCCUGGUGCGCCACCAGAAGGCGCACGCCGGGGCGGGCCGCGCGGCCGCCUUCGUGUGCCCCGAGUGCGGCAAGGCCUUCAGCGUCAAGCACAACCUCGAAGUGCACCAGCGCACCCACACGGGCGAGCGGCCCUUCCCCUGCCCCGAGUGUGGGCGCUGCUUCAGCCUCAAGCAAAACCUGCUCACGCACCAGCGCAUCCACAGCGGCGAGAAGCCUCACCAGUGCGCGCAGUGCGGCCGCUGCUUUCGCGAGCCGCGCUUCCUGCUCAACCACCAGCGCACCCACGCGCGCAUGCCCGCCCCGCACCCGCGCCGCCCCGGCGUCUUCGGGGAGCGCCGGCCCUACUUCUGCGCCCGCUGCGGCAAGAGCUUCGCACGCGAGGGCUCGCUCAAGACCCACCAGCGCAGCCACGGUCACGGGCCCGAGAGCCAGGCGGCCCAUUUAGGCCGCGUGCUAUGAGGUGCUCAGGGCCGGACGCCGGCUGUUUCCUGCCCCCGAGCUGCUGCUGCGUCUGUGAGCCCUGGAGAGGGCGCUGGGCUGCAGCGCCCCCUCUGGAUGGGAUUCCGGGAGACAGGGGAGGCUGGCUGGGGGCCUUGAAGGAGUGGGCUGCCGCCCGGCUCUGCCGCCGCCUCCCUCCCGCUUCUCGCCAGGAUGCUCCGGCUGGCUGCGCACAGCUACUUUGGGCCCCUGCGAUGGUUUUCGUCCUUGGGCUGGCCUGGCCUAGAGCAGAUGCGGACUGGGCAGGACCCCUGGACAGUUUGCAAGGCACAUCUGGGCACAGGGACUAGGAAUGCCCCUGGGGGCCUGCACCCUGGCAUGAGGACAUGUGCCCUAAGAAGACCUACCUCGGGAGGUGCCCGGGAGUGACAGCAGAGGGGACCAGUGGAGCCUGGGAUUGGAGGCGGGUUCCGUGCCCCGGUGGAAAAGCUCCCCAGACCUGUUGGGAGUCACGGCGGUGGAAGAGCUCGUCCUGGCUGCCUCGUCACGGAGCCCACUCUCAUGUGGCCGCAGGGCCCGCGCCUGCGCGGAGAGCUGGCUUCUCCGCUCCCGCCUGGCCCACCAGAGACAGGAAGUGACUGGCCGAGGAGAACACAGCACGUCGGUGGGAGACCUGGCCGUGCGGGCGCCGCCUCCCCCGGGGCGGGGGGAACCGACCUCUCAGGCCUCGCCCUUCAGAGCAGUGGUUCCCUUCACUCUGGGGGCGUGAAGCCCUUUGAAAAUCUGACAAAGGUUAUGAACCUUCUCCCCGAGAAAACACACAUCCUCACGUAGACGCGAGAAUCUACCAGCAAGUCCAAGGACUCCUGGACUCCGGGCUGGAACCUCGGCUCUGGGACCCGACCUGCCACCCUUUCCUUAGCUGAUGGGCCAUCAAACCAGUAGCGUUCCGCCACCCCAUCCCCCACACCGGUCCUCCAUCCUUUGUUCAGGAAUAAAGAAUUCUGAGGAGGGGA